AGCAGUGUCUGACACUACGCCUGAAACUCUUCACUCCCUCGCAAGCUGCACCGCACAGCUAGUUCAGAACAAGCCAUCGUUCUCACCAGCAGGGGCUCAGAGCAUCAGCGUCUCUUCUCUCAUGGAAUGAAAACUUCCAUCCAGCACAAGGAGUGAAGAGAAAGAUAAAAAGCAUGUCGGAGUUCUGGUUAAUUUCUGCACCGGGGGAUAAAGUAAAUCUGCAAGCCCUGGAGAGGAUGAACACAGUGACAUCCAAAGCCAACCUGUCCAGCAACAAUAAAUUCCUCAUCCCAGACCUCAAGGUGGGGACAUUGGAUGCUCUUGUUGGUCUCUCAGAUGAGUUGGGAAAACUUGAUAGCUUUGCUGAAAGCGUAAUAAAGAAAAUAGCACAGUACAUAGGAGAAGUUAUGGAGGACUCAAAAGAUAAAGUCCAGGAGAAUCUUCUGGCCAAUGGAGGACUGAAGAAUAAAAUGAAGUGUCUAAAGAUUGACCUGAUUAGUUACCUGACCCGGUUUGAGUGGGACAUGGCCAAAUAUCCCAUAAAGCAGCCACUGAAGAAUAUUUCAGAAGCAUUAGCAAAGCAAAUCACACAAAUAGAAACAGACCUGAAGUCCCGAACAGCAGCGUACAACAACAUCAAAGGAAAUUUGCAAAGCCUGGAAAGAAAAACUGUGGGAAAUCUGUUGACUCGUACUUUAGCUGAUAUAGUGAACAAAGAAGACUUUGUGCUGAAUUCAGAAUAUCUCAUCACUCUUCUCGUUGUAGUUCCAAAGUCGAACUAUGCACAGUGGCAAAAAACAUAUGAAUCCCUCUCUGAUAUGGUAGUGCCUCGAUCCACAAAAAUGAUUGCUGAGGACCCAGAGGGAGGACUCUUCACUGUGACACUGUUUAGAAAAGUAAUGGAUGAUUUCAAAGCCAAAGCCAGAGAAAACAGGUUCAUGGUCCGAGAAUUUUAUUUUGAUGAGAAAGAACUGAAAUGUGAAAAGGAAGAAAUAAUGAAAUUAGUUUCUGAUAAGAAACAACAAUAUGGGCCACUACUGCGCUGGCUGAAAGUGAACUUCAGUGAAGCGUUUGUGGCUUGGAUUCACGUGAAAGCCCUGAGAGUUUUUGUUGAAUCUGUCCUCAGGUAUGGCCUACCUGUGAAUUUCCAGGCAAUGCUGCUGCAGCCCAGCAAGAAGUCUGUAAAACGUCUGAGAGAUGUUCUUAAUGCCGUCUUCAAACAUCUGGAUGAAGUAGCAGCAGCAAGUAUAAUGGAUAUGAGUAUGGACAUUCCUGGUUUACAACUGAGCAAUCAAGAAUACUAUCCUUAUGUCUAUUUCAAGAUCGACCUCAGUCUUCUUGAUUACAGUUAAGAAUUAAAAUCAAGCUUGACUUACUCAUGUGCAAGUCCCCAGUGUCCCAGUAGAGUUAUGCUCUUCAGCCAUUAACAAUCAAAUUAAAAUGCAGGCACCUGCUCAGCUGGAUAAUUUUAUAAGAAUUCUUUUGCAUAUGUAGCACAGUAAUUUAAAAUUGUCAAUCUACUCCACUGUGAAAGUAAAGUGUUUUACUAUUUUA